AUGACCCAACGGUCCUGCGUUACCAUCAAGUCGGGCGGCACUCGGAACUUCAGUGCCUCCUCGGCCAGCUGCAGGCCCAGCUUCAGCUCCGUCUCCGUGUCCCAGAGCGGGAAGAAUUUCGGAUGCGGCUUAGGGAGCGGCUUCGGGACCAGGAGCCUCCACAGCUUUGGGGGUGGUGGCAACAGAAUCUCCGUCAGCGGGGGCUACCGCUCCAGCCAGACCUGCUAUGGGGGCUCUGGCUAUGGGAUGGGCACUAGCAGGAUGGGGGGCGUCUACGGCGGGUACGGAUUUGGGGGUGGGAUGCUACCUGGAGCUGGGGGCAUCCAUGAGGUCACGGUCAACCAGAGCCUCCUGACGCCCCUCCACCUGGAGAUCGAUCCAUCUCUCCAGCGGGUGAGGAAGGAGGAGAAGGAGCAGAUCAAGACCCUCAACAACAAGUUCGCCUCCUUCAUCGACAAGGUGCGGUUCCUGGAGCAGCAGAAUAAGGUCCUGGAGACCAAAUGGAACCUCCUGCAGGAGCAUAAGAUCACCAAAACCAACCUGGAGCCCAUGUUUGAGGCCUACAUCAACAACCUGAGGCGCCAGCUGGACUGCCUGGGAGGGGAGCGGUCAAGGUUGGAGAUGGAGCUGAAGAACAUGCAGGAUGUGGUGGAGGACUUCAAGAACAAGUAUGAGGAAGAGAUCAACAGACGCACAGCGGCGGAGAAUGAGUUCGUGAUGCUCAAGAAGGACGUGGACGCCGCCUACAUGAACAAGGUGGAGCUGGAGGCCAAGGUGGAAGCCUUAAUGGAUGAGAUCAACUUCCUGAGAGCUUUCUUUGAGGCGGAGCUGGCUCAGCUUCAGGCUCAGAUCUCUGAGACCUCCGUGAUCCUCUCCAUGGACAACAACCGCAAGCUGGACCUGGACAGCAUCAUCAACGAGGUCAAGGCCCAGUACGAGGACAUCGCCAACCGCAGCCGGGCCGAGGCUGAGUCCUGGUACCAGAGCAAGUACGAGGAGCUGCAGCGGUCUGCCGGCCAGCACGGGGACGACCUCCGCACCACCAAGAUGGAGAUCUCCGAGCUGAACCGGAUGAUCCAGAGACUGCGCUCUGAGAUUGACAACCUGAAGAAGCAGUGCUCUACGAUCCAGGCCUCCAUCGCUGACGCCGAGCAACGCGGGGAGAUGGCUCUCAAGGAUGCCAGGAGCAAACUGGCUGAGCUGGAGGACGCCCUGCAGAAGGCCAAGCAGGACAUGGCCCGGAUGCUACGCGAGUAUCAGGAGCUCAUGAACGUGAAGCUGGCCCUCGACAUGGAGAUCGCCACCUACAGGAAGCUGCUGGAGGGCGAGGAGUGCAGACUCACUGGAGAAGGUGUUGGACCCGUGAACAUCUCGGUGGUCUCCUCCUCCGGGGGCUCUGGCUACAGUGGGGGCGGCGGCUACAGCAGCACCGUCUGCUAUGGCAGCGGCAGCAGCAGCGGCGGCGGCUUCAGCUCCAGUGGUGGCGGCUUCAGCUCCGGCGGGGGUGGCUUCAGCUCCACCAGCAGCCGGAACGUGGGCAGCAGCUCCAGCAUACGCAUCAUGUCCAAGUCGUCCACCAAGAAGAGCUACAGGAGCUAG